AUGGCACCUCCCACCGAGUUCACCCCCGCCAACGUGGCAGCCCAGAAGGCCGCUUUCGAGUCCGCCAGGCAGGGUCACGUUUUCACCUACUACGAUUCCCUCAAUGACUCUGACAAGGAAGCUCUCUUCAACCAGCUCCAGAAGAUCGACCCCGCGAGAGUAAAUGGCCUGUGGAAACUCGCCAAGGACCCUCCCCCACAGCCCAAAGAGACCGUCGUCGAGCCCCUCCCCGAGUCCACCACCGCCAGUAUCCUCGAUUCGAAGGCCGAAGACAUUCAGAGAUGGUACAACCUUGGUCUGGAUCUGAUUGGGAAGGGCGAGGUUGCCGUUAUCCUUAUGGCUGGCGGUCAGGGCACUAGAUUGGGAAGCAAAGCUCCCAAGGGAUGCUUCAAUAUCCAGCUCCCCUCCAAGAAGUCCCUGUUCCAGAUCCAGGGUGAGCGCAUCUUGAAGGUACAAGAGUUGGCAGCACAAAAGGCCAAGGAUGGAGCCAAGGCCAUUGUGCCCUGGUACGUCAUGACUAGCGGUCCGACACGCGGCCCAACCGAGAAGUUCUUCAGGAAGGAAAAGCUAGACGAAUUGAUCGACGAGGAAAACGAUAUUCGAUCCAAGGGGAAGCCCUGCUUCGGACUCGACGAGAAGAACGUCAAGAUCUUCGAGCAGGGUGUGCUUCCUUGCUUCGACUUCAACGGCAAGUUCAUGCUCGCAAGCAAGAGCCAAGUCGCUGUGGCCCCUGAUGGCAACGGUGGUAUCUACAAGGCUCUACAGGACGAGGGCAUCCUGGAGGACAUGCAAAAGCGUGGAAUCAAGCAUGUCCACGCGUACUGCGUGGACAACUGCCUGGCCAAGGUUGCCGACCCGGUCUUUAUCGGUUUCUCCGCCGAGAAGCAAGUCAAGAUUGCCACCAAGGUCGUGCGAAAGCGCAAUGCCACCGAGUCAGUCGGUCUGAUCCUGCAAAAGAACGGCAAGCCCGACGUCGUUGAGUACUCCGAGAUCGACAGCGCAACCGCCGAGGCCGAGGACCCGAAGCAACCCGGCAUCCUCAAGUUCCGCGCCGCCAACAUCGUCAACCACUACUACUCGUUCGAGUACUUGAACGGCAUGGGCGACUCGGUCAACCAGCUGCCUCCCCACAUUGCCAAGAAGAAGAUCCCGUACUUCGACAUCGCAAAGGGCGAGGACGUCCACAAGGUCACCACCCCCAACGGCAUCAAGCUCGAGCAGUUCGUCUUUGACAACUUCAAGUGGUUGGAGCUCAACGAGUUUGCCUGCUUCGAGGUCAAGCGCGAGGAGGAGUUCUCGCCGCUGAAGAACGCCGAUGCGCCUGGCGCCGAGGACUGCGCGACGACUAGUCGGCAGGAAAUCAAGGGCCAGGGCAAGCGCUGGGCUGAGCAGGCCGGUGCUACGGUGAAGAACGGGGAUAAGGAGGGCCUGGAGGUCUCUCCCCUGACCAGCUACAACGGCGAAGGUUUGGAAAGCUGGAAGGACAAGGAGAUCUCGGAGCCUUCGAUCUAG